CACCUGUUCUCCACAAGCCAGUUCUCCCCUGCUUAGCCUUUUUGAACCAGCCCCGGAGAGCUCGCCCUCUGCUCUGCAUGGACAGCCCUAGAGGGAGGCUGGCCAUACUUCCCAACGCCCCCAGACGGCCAGACUGGAACAGGAGGACCAUGGCCGAUGGGAAACCUCCUAGCAGCGGAAUUUCCGAGGAAACCUCCAAACCACAGAGCUCAGUUCCUAGCUGGGCCUUUCCCUUCGCUACUUCCGUUCGUCCGCCUAAAACCGCGCCUGCGCAUUACGCUUCUUCCUCUCUGGGCUCGGAAUAUCCUUGCGGCAACAUGGCGAAACGCACCAAGAAGGUUGGAAUCGUCGGUAAAUACGGGACCCGUUAUGGCGCCUCCCUCAGGAAAAUGGUGAAGAAGAUUGAAAUCAGCCAGCACGCCAAGUACACUUGCUCCUUCUGUGGCAAAACCAAAAUGAAGAGAAGAGCUGUGGGGAUCUGGCACUGUGGUUCCUGCAUGAAAACAGUAGCUGGUGGUGCCUGGACCUACAAUACCACCUCUGCAGUCACAGUAAAGUCUGCCAUCAGGAGACUGAAGGAAUUGAAAGACCAGUAGACGCACCACAGAUCGAAACAUCUCUAGCCUAUAAUAAAUGGGUUAAUUUAUGUAA